CAGGCGUCGACGUCCAGUGUGGUGUGGCGUGCAGGGUGAAGUGGUGCUGUCGUCCAGGGUGGUCCAGGGCAGAAGAGAUGGCCGAAGUGGGAUUGGAUUCGAAAAUAUUGCAAUACGAAUCGUUCUUGAACGAUGUUCUAAAGGAAGAUCUACGCAUCUGCCUCCGUGAAAGGGACAAGGUGUGUUCCAAACUCGCAGACGUUCUACAACUGCGCACUAUCAUCCAGCAGAUAGAGGAAACUUGUGGUGACAAGUUCAAGAGCCAGGUGGAUUUGGGAUGUAACUUCUAUGUACAAGCUUGUGUAGAGGACACCUCCCACAUCUUGGUGCAAGUGGGGUUAGGCUUCUUUGUGGAGUUUACACCAAAAGAGGGGCGCUGGUUCCUAGAUCGCCGUGAAGAGCUGCUCAAUACAGAGUUGCAACGCUUGACUAAGGACUCUGCUAUGAUAAAGGCCCACAUACAGAUGGUGCUUCAGGGCCUUCGAGAGCUCCAGGGAAUCGUAACGUGAGACUAAACACAUGGAAAAUACCUUUGUUACUGUUGCACAAAAUCAACAUUUGUAAAUACACUGUUCAUGUGAAUUUAAAAGAAUUUGUAUCCGAUAUGAUUCAAAACAAGGUCUCCUGAAUAAUUAGAGCCAGAAGAUUUCGGGAAAUAUUUUUUUCUAAAUUCGGGGGGUAAAAAUCGGGUAAAUAAACGUGGGCACUAAAUUCGUGCGAAUUCGGGUGAAAAAAAACUUCCAGUACGCUAAAUUCGGGGUGAAAUCGGGCUCAGUUGCUCACACUAACUGUAGUGGUUUGGUACAAACGGUUAUGUAACUGAAUUUUCCUGCCAAACAAGUAAAUUAGUACGUUCCUGCAGACAUCCCAGUGAGGGCAAUUUGCCGGGUAAAAAUCGGGUUUCACCCUAAAGAGGCAACCUUCAAUUCGGGGUGCAAAUUCGGGGAAGAAUCGGGUAAAACCCUAAAACUUCAGGCUCUAUGAAUAAUUCAUAAUUACAACCUGGAGAUGGGGAAGGUAAGAUGACUCAUAUGUAAAUAUAUUCUGUCCUACCCUAUCUUAUCCAUCAUUUGGAUAGCCACUGUCAUGCAUGCCCGGAGAACUGUCUCGGCAUCUUUCUUUAUGCCACAGUUUGCAAGGACUGCUUUCCCACAAUGAAUGACAGCCCUUGUGCAGGCUUUUUCUGUCAGUAACGGUCCUUUUUCAACACAGCUCCAUGCAGAAAAAAAAAAAAAAAAAAAAAGGAAGCCUGACAAGUGCGUGGACACUCCAUUCCACUAUUCCAUUCCCGAGUGCAGCCGGCCUUUCAAAUGCUGGACCAGUCGCUUAAUUUGGCAUUAUAUUGUACAGUGCUGCUUGAACCUGAAGUUCACAGAAUGUGUGGUGCUUCUGAUCGUGUCGUACUAUAUUAGUUUAAAUGUAACCCCUUUCUUUUGUCUAAACUGAGAAUUCAAAAAUAUCUGUGCAGUCUAGUAUGGUUCUGUACUUUUGGAGUAUGCAAGCCAUCUUUCCCAUUUGACUCUCACACUACCUUUUGGGAUAGUAUUCCUGCAUUGGGAGAUUUUCAACCCUUCUCCACAAGACGUCAGCUUAUGCUACCACAAUGUGUGUCCGCACAGACGACAUGAUCAGACAGAUAACGGGACGGCACACAAAUCACGCAAAAGGGGAAGGGAGGAUGCACAGAGUUCACCUUCGGAAGCCAGAUGUGUCUCAUUUCUCCUUGGGUUAUUUGUUGACAUCAUGCCAUUAGCGACUACAGAAACGCCUUUGACAUGGACCGAACUCAACAACUUUAUUUUGAGAUGAUGAAUGGGGAGUUGGGCCUAACUCAUUCUCUCUACCGCUAUUUCUUGUGUUUGUAACAGAGAUUGCACUGCUCCAAGCCAGAGUUGCUAUCUUUGAGCAAGAAACUGAAUAAAACAUGUAGAUACCUCUG